AUGACAUUUGGGUGCGCUGCACUGGCGCCAUCUUGUGACGGUGAACAGAGGAGGCCUCCGUGUCGCAGUUUGUGUGAAGCCACGACCGCUGGGUGUCAGCAGCAGCUAGGGUUUGCCGACUUCCGGUGGGACAUCGACUGUUCCAUGUUCCCAGAAUCCACGGACAGCGCGGUGUGUGUACCGCCACCGCCACAGACACACAACCUAACUCAGUGUCGUGAAGACCAAUUUGACUGCGGAGACGGCCAGUGUGUCAGCUUGGUCGACAGGUGCGACAGCAGCAUUGACUGCAACAAUGUCGCUGAUGAGAGGAAUUGCGAGGGGUUCACGUGUAUUGAGGGCCAGUUCGCCUGCCAGGACGGACAGCAGUGUAUCCCCCUCGCCUGGGCGUGUGACGCUCCCAAUACCCCGGACUGCCGAGAUGGCUCGGACGAGUCAGGCUGCACUACAGAAUGCGACUUCCUGUGUAGAAGCGGAGAAAACGUGUACAGCACCGGCGCAUGCGUAUACAGCGACUGGGUUUGUGAUGGCGUCGCAGACUGCACAGACGGAUCUGACGAACAAACUUGCCAAAAACGCAGGCGGCGACGCGCAGUCCCAACCACAUAUAAGCCAAUCAGAAGAAUAGAUGCCAAAUAUUCCAAGAUAAACCAUAAGUGACAGUGCUGACAUAGCCAGUCAAAUAAUUUGGUCAACCAAGGAUGGCAUUUAUGUCACAUGAUGAAUUACUUGAUGUUCCUGGCGCAAAAACACAAUAAGUUUACCAUAGUUGGCUAAAGUUUCAAGCAAGAACGAUUUUGUCCAGAAAUGAAACUGAAUUCACUGAUACAGAUACGACAGAAUAAUUUGAAGGACACGUGAAAUAUCUGUUGGCAUGACAACAAGAUAGGUUGUAAAGCUUUUAACGCAUGACGUCUACGUAAAAAAAUGAAAAUAAAAACAAACAAUCUCUCUUCAUAACAGUUCCCAAUAUGUAAAUAAAUUAAUUUGUAAAUAAAGAAUAUCUUCUACGUGUGCAUCUAAAGAGGUGGUUCAUAGGACUUAAGUUUGCCUAACACUUAC